AAGUGUAAACAUAUGUUGAGCAUGGAUCUUCAAGUUGAAUCUUUGAAAGAAUUUCUUAUAGAUGUGGUAGAUCCUAACCGACGUUCUGAAGUCGAAAUAAAUCCCGAUCAUAUUACGCUGCUGCAUGGUGCAAAAAGUGAAAAACAAUUAAGUCAUAAAAAGCGCCGCUCAAAGAAUUCGGCUCUGACAAGACGAGAAUAUGCGCAAUUGGGCCUAAACACUUUACCUACUCGACAGAUAAAAUUUAAAGAAGCAUUACCGCUCCAUCAGCUUUGGAAAGGCUACAUGAAAGAACAUUUAGGCUUAAGCACGGGAGAUACCGUUCCUCAGGUGUUUGAUCCUCGCUAUGAUGCUUUUAGUAAGCUCAUUGUUAAGACUGAUUUACAUGGUGCUAAAAUUCGCGUCAUUCAGUCAAAAUGUCCGACAUUAGUCGGCUUGGCUGGAAUUGUGCUACUUGAUACCAAAAAUGUUUUAAAAAUUGUAGGAGAGGAUGACCGGCUUCGUACCGUACCCAAGAACGGGUGCGUAUUCGCUAUGAGCUUCGCUAAUAUGGAAUUUACGAUAUUCGGGAACUACCUUACCACUAGACCGGCUGAAAGAUCGGUAAAGAAAAUUAGAAAAUUAAUGGAACCAUUCGAGUAGCGGCAUAUAUCCGUAGUAUCGAUACAUUACAUUUGUUAUCUACCUAUCGCAUUUAUAAUUUAAAGCAUUGAAGCAUUUUGAAUUAAGUUCUUCAUACCUUACAGUAAUAUAUUUAUACAUCUUAAUAGGUAAAUGAUUAAUAUUUUGUUUUUUUUUUUAUUGUUGGCAAGUGUCUGCGUUUGGUCUAUUAUAUCAAUAAAGAUUUUUGGCUUACAUUCUUUAUGCAAAUUUAUAAAUUGUUGCCCAUGAACGUGCCCAAUU